AUGGGGCUUUUUAUUGUAGAAGGUGCUAGACUUAUACUGGGUCGCAAGGGGAGUCUAAGUGAAAGAGAUAUACCUGUGAUAUUCUCUGUAAUUUUGACAGUCCCGUCAAUAGUUGGUGUAGUGUACCUGUUAAAUUGGCAAGUGGUGGUUCUACGAAUUGAGUACAUCUGGUGUACAUUGAUGCUUACCAUUCAAGUAUUAGAGUUCAUAUUUGCAUCCAUGUUCAUAGUUACUAUGUGUCGUGGCCCAUCAUAUGAC